CCAUUAUUAGUAUCCAACUCUCUUAUGUUCUCGUAUUAUGUAUCUCUGGUCGCUGCAAGUUCUCUAUCCAAAUUCAAAAGAAGUACUUUUGAUAUUGUUGUUACGGAUUUUUCUGAUUCCUGAGAAAUGGGUGGAAGUUUCAUUGCUGACAAUUGCAAGUUUGGUUCUGCUUCAAAUAAAGUCCGAACAGUCGUUCUGGUUGGGCGUACAGGCAAUGGAAAAAGUACAACUGGUAACAGUAUGCUUGGAAGAAAGGCAUUCAAGUCAAUGAGUAGUUUUGAUGGCGUUACCAGAACUACUGAGCUACAGACGGCCGUGUUGGAAGAUGGCCAAGUCCUUAAUGUGAUAGACACCCCUGGGUUAUUUGACAAAUCGGCUGAACCUCAAUUUGUUGAAAAAGAGAUUGUGAGAUGCAUUGACAUGGCGAAGGAUGGCAUCCACGCAGUCCUCGUAGUCGUGUCACUUAGAAGCAGAGUCUCAAUGGAGGAAGCAGCAACUAUUGAGACCUUACAAAAAAUUUUUGGAGACAAAAUCGCAGAAUAUAUGAUUUUGGUUUUUACAGGGGGCGAUGAACUUGAAGAGGACCAAGAUUUUGACGAUUACUUGAGUCAUUCAGAAUCCAUAAAGGGAAUGCUUGAGCUUUGUGGAAACAGGCGGGCGUUAUUUGAUAACAAGACAAAAGAUACAGCCAAGAAAGCUGAACAACUUAAGCAACUUCUUUCCCUAGUGGACGACAUUGUGAUGAAACACGGAGGCAAACCUUAUACUAAUGAGUUAUUUGAUGAGUUCAAGAAAGCAGCCGCAAAACUUCAUGAUCAAGCUGCAGAGCUUAAUUCUUUGGAAGGUUACUCCAAAGAGGAGAAAUCUGAGCGGGGGUUGCAGAUACAUCAAUCGUAUGAGAAACAUCUGACACAAAUUACUGACAUGGUUGAGACAAAGCUGAUGGAUACAAGACGUAGACUUGAACAGCAAUUGAAAGAUGAGCAAGAUGCUCGCUUGAAAGCGGAGGCAGCUGCCCGAGAAGCUCAAUUGAAAACAGAUGAAGAGAAAUGCAUGCUUAGAGAGCGUUUAGAGAGAAGCCAAAGGGAGGUUGAGGUGCCUAGAAACCGUAGGAGGGGAUGUCUAAUUUUAUGACCGAAUAUACAUCUGCGGGGAGGGUGCUAAAUGCACUUUCUGGAAAACUAAACUUACACAUUCAUUAUAGUUUAUGGUGCAGAAAGUGCAUUUAGCACUUUCUGGAAAAUU